AGUUAUCAUAAAAAGCUGCAUUGAUUGAGUCAGAUACAGCAGCUUGCAGAAACGUGCAGUAAAGCUUCAGAUAAAAGGGCACUUUCAAGCUGGGAAACCAAGCCAGUGGGGAAUUGUGUUUGCUUUGCAGCAUUGUCUCUGCCUGCGCAACACAGACUGAAAGACUACAGGAAGUAAUACAGAACCUUAUUACUCCAGUUUUGACAGAACAUCAAGCAGUAACAGUUCACAGUACUUUGUACUUGGCAAUUUUACCACAGAAUUCCAGAGGAUAAAAACAGCACAAUUGGAAAAAAAAUCUUUUGACAGAUCUUUAAAAAAAAUCUUGGAUUGCACUUAAUAUACAGAGGACUAACUGCACUUUGAACGGACACAGAAAAUGUUGAUUCCCUCUCUUUUUUUCUUCAGCUGCAGUCUCUCCCUGGGCGCAGGGGGUCACAAAAGUUUGGAUAAUACUGGAAAAAGGCAUUAUCAAAUACAGCAUGGGCCUUGCAGUUAUACCUUCUUGCUCCCCGAGGUGGACAACUGCCGCUCAAUGGCAAAUCAUCAUGUGCCGAACACGGUGCAAAGGGACUCUCCAGAAACAGAUAGUGAUGGCUCUUUGCAAAGACUUCGACAACUUGAAAAUGUAAUGGAAAACAAUACACAGUGGCUGCAGAAGCUUGAAAGCUACAUUCAAGACAGUAUGAAGAGUGAAAUGGUGCAGAUCCAGCAGAAUGCAGUACAAAACCAUACAGCAACCAUGUUAGAAAUUGGAACAAAUCUACUUACUCGGACAGCUGAACAAACCCGUAAAUUAACAGAUGUGGAAGCACAGGUUUUGAAUCAAACAUCUAGACUUGAGCUUCAGCUUUUGGAAAAUUCUCUCUCUACUAAUAAAUUGGAAAAACAAAUAAUGAUCCAAACUAAUGAAAUUACUAAACUACAUGAAAAAAAUGGUUAUUCUCAAAGUUUGCCGAGUGGAAAAUUGUUAAACUGGAGUGGCAGAUUCCUGUGGAGUGCUUUAAUUCCGAAUUACAGCACUUUAGAACAGGAAAGGGUGAAUGAUACCAUGGGCUCGCUCAUUGGGAGUGCAAUCAAUUUAUUGGGAGGAAUGAGGAGGCAAGCUAGUUACCAGCAGGCAUUUUGUGAUAUGGAAUCCAAUGGAGGAGGAUGGACUGUAAUACAACGUCGUCAAGAUGGCAAAAUGGAUUUUCAACGCACAUGGAAAGAAUACAAAGUGGGAUUUGGUGAUCCUGCUGGAGAAUAUUGGUUGGGGAAUGAAUUUACUCAUCAGCUAACCAACCAGAAGACCUAUGUCCUUCGUAUCCAAAUGCGUGAUUGGGAAGCAAACGAAGGCUUUUCAUUGUACAACCAAUUCUACUUGGAUAGUGAAACGCAGAAGUACAGAAUUCAUCUUAAAGGUUACAGUGGGACAGCAGGCAGAAUAAGCAGCCUCAGCCAUCUUGGAAAUUAUUUUAGUACAAAAGAUUCAGACAACGAUAAAUGUCUUUGCAAAUGUGCACAAAUGGCAUCAGGAGGAUGGUGGUUUGAUGCGUGUGGCCCAUCUAACCUGAAUGGAUUAUACUACUCAGCCGGUCAGAAUACAAAUAGAUUCAAUGGAAUUAAAUGGUAUUACUGGAAAGGGUCAGGAUACUCUCUCAAAGCUACAACGAUGAUGAUCAGACCUGCAGAUUUCUGAUUAUGAUCCUUGUACAUAGUUUUUGUCAGUUGUAUAAAGAUAUUUCUUUAAGCAAAUCUGUAAAAACAUAAUUCCUACUAUAUUUAAAAUGUCAACUAAUAUGUACACCAAGCAUUAAUAUUUUACAUUGUUUGUUUGAAAGUCAAGAAACCAGGUCCCAAUGAAAAAAGGAAGGUAAACUUGCCUGUGAAUUGCUUUGCAUAUAUGUUUUAUUGUAGCCAAUUCCACUUUAUGGAGAAGCAUUUUUAACUAAUAGAGAUAACACUGGGAAUACUAAAAUGACAACUGAAAUUGAAUCCCUGCAAGAGAGGUUUAUUCGCAUCUUGGUGGCACUACCAAAUAUAGUCAUGUAGGAAACUAAUUAUCUUACAGUUCAGAUGGUAUAUUCAUGAAUAAUGAAUACUUGAGUAUCAUGUCCAUGCCCUCAUUUCAAUAGAUUUCUGUUGUUCUUCAAAGGACAGAAUGAUCUCAAAUAAACAAAAACUGGAAUUAUGAAAGAUCAAAAGUACAAUUUAAAGAACCACAUUUUUAAGACUGAAAGCAUCUUUUAUUUCCAAGUAAUUUUCUUGCCCAUCAGUGACCUUUCAUUGAAUCUUGCAAACUUCCCCCCCGCCCGACAGACCGCAAAGUAUAUUGCACCAAAUUGACUUUGUUUGAAUUUUUUUUUCCAUUAUCCAACAGAAGCAUAUAUUUCUGCUUUGUUCUAGAAACUUUAAUUCCAAGUACAAUUAUAAUAUAGUCACCCAUUAGAAGAGAAAAUUUAUUGAUGAUGCUGUCCCUUUGCAGUGCAGUUUUAAUUAGUUAGGUAAUGUAUUUAUCGACUUGCUUUGCAUUACUUUGAGUUCUUUAAUUUAAAAAGAGCAGAGAUCAAUGAAACACAAGGAAUUGUCAUGCUUGUAAGUAGUGGCAGAUUAGAGACAGGUGGUUAGGAUGCCAAGAUAUUUAAAUGAUAUCUGAACUUGAUGAAAGAACAUUUUUCCUACUAAUUUCUUUAAUGGGUGUUGAACGAAGAUACUCCCAAAUUAGUAAAAAAGACUUCCGAGUAAUUGAGACGUCAAAAUCAUAAAUGUUCCUUUUUUUAAAUCAAUAUGAAUUUAUCAUAUUGACUUCCAUGAUCGAACAGUGUCCUGUGACCAAACCAACUUAGUAGCAAAUACCUGUUCUUCAGAUAUUAUUGAAGAAAUCUUCCACAAUAACUAUCGACAGUAAUUUUGAUCAUUGCUUUUUCAGUUUUAUCCAGGGAGAUAGAUAUUUGAACUACAUGGGAAUCAUAAAUUAUGGGGAGAAACAGGAAAGUGGUCAAGAUCAAAUCAUCCACGUUCUUACUAAAUGGUGUAACAUGCUUGUGGGGCCAUAAGACCUAUUUCUGCUCCUAUUCCUUGUUAUGUCCACACAAAAGUUACAGUCCUGUUCAAUGUCUAAUCAAAAUAAUUCUGGUUUGGUUCAUCAAAGGCUUGUUUUUUUUUAAAAUGAAAUAUAAACAUAAAUAUUACAUUGUAUUUUGUUUCAAUAAGAGAAAUAGAAUUUCUUAAACAAGGUAUUCAAGGCAUCUUUCACAAAAAAACAUGCAUAUAUCUCAGUAUACUAAACAUGAUAUAGUUGAAUAGGCACCAAUGCUCACGCAGGGAUCAGUAAAAUAACAUUGUCAAUGCAAGCACCUAAAGGAUCACAAAAACCCAUGGGUCAACAGAAUUAAUUUAAAACCUUGAGUAGAUGUGAAUAAGAUAUAUGAGAUUUCAUGUGCCUUAUAGAAUUCAUCACCUGUCAAAAUGUCAAAAUAGAUCUCUGACUGAUCAAACCAGAACAAGGAGACACAAUCUUAAAAUUAAAGUUAAACUUUAAUUUAACAAAUGAAAGCAGGAUGCAGAUCUGCUUGAAAGGGAAAAAAAAAUAACACACACACUUAAGGCAAUAUAUUUUAAAAGUAUAACAUGACAUUUGUAUGAUCCUCUUUUCUUUGAGCUUCAUAUUGCUCUCAACAAUACUUCAACCUGCUCAUAUACAGUUUGUUCCUCAAAAAAUUAUGAUUGAAUACUUUGAAUUAAAACUUCUUUUACAAGUAUGUUGUGUCAUUAAUGCUGCUUAAUUCACAUCAUAUUAUUAAAUGAUUUUGGUACAAGAUAUGUGAAGAUGAAUAGAAGAAUAAAAAAUUUGAGUCGGCCAUUCAGCUCCUCAAGGCCCGUCCUAGUUGUUCUAGGAUUCUGGUUGAUCGUUGUUGUUCUGCACCAGGCCUCAUCCUUUUUGUGCCAACUCAUCAUACUCAAUAUUUCAAAAAUCCAUUUCCCUCUUUUUAAAUACUCUGUUAUCUGGCCUCCACAACUCUCUGGGUAAAUCAUACCAGAAAUUCUCUCCCCUCUGGAGAAGAAAUUUCUUUGCAUUUCAGUUUUAAUGUGCUCUCAGUGUUCUCUCAUUCUGAAACAAUGUUCCCUGUAACUAUCCCCUUGCAGAUUCCUCAUGCCUUCAUCAAAACAUGCAGCUGCACCUAUUUUUGUAUCAGCAACAAUUGAAUUGUUACACGCUGCUCCAUUCUCCAUGUAAAUAAUGUAGGCAGUAAAUAAUUGAGGUCCUGAGGACUGAUCCUUCUGACUCUUUGAGUUAAGUCUUACCAAUCUGAAAAAGACCGACUCUCUUUUCUGUGUGUUAAGUAAACCUCGCUCCAUGCGAAUACAUUACCCUCAAUACUGUGAGCUCCUAACUUUUGCAAAAAUAACGAUACGUGACACCAUAUCAAAAAUCCUCUGGAAAUCCAAACCUACCCAUUCCCCUUUAUUGACUCUGCUUGUUAUAUCCUCAAAAAAUUUCUGGCAAAUUUGUCAGACAUGAUUUCCCUUUCAUAAA